AGUAAAAACACUCUCAGGUGACUUCACUCUGUCUGAUGGAAGCUGGAGUGAAGAACCAAGCUCCUUUUCUACAGACCUGCUGAGGACAGAAGAGAGCUGCUCACUGAGGAAGAUCAUGUCUACAAGAUCACAGGUUGUUGUGAAGGUGUGAAGGUGUCGACCCUGCUAUGAGUCAGAGUUGCCUAGCAACCUGACUUGAUCCUGAACCGGGACCUGAACCGACCUGUGUGUCCAUGGAGCGGUACGAGUCUAUGGAGGAUGUUAUGAACUGCAAAGAUGUCCGUCCCUCUGUUGAUGCAAGGAUCCAUCAGAGACUUGGAUCUGGAUAUGGACCUUAUCCUGAAACUGGUCCUGGAUCUGGACCUAAACCCAGUUGUGUGUCCUUGAAGAGUAACCAGUCUAUGGAGGCUCAUCUAUACCGUCCCUCUGUUGAUGCAAGUUCACAUCAGCAGAGAAGAAAGUCUCCUGAACCCAGCUGUGUGUCCAUGAAGAGUGAUCGGUCUAAAGAUUUUCCAAUAAACUUCAAAGAUGGAUGCCGUUCUUUUGACCCAGAAGAGAACCAGGAGAGCUCAGAGGUUCCCACAGGUCAGUCUGCCCAGCAGCAUCAAAAACACCUGGACUCCAUCUUCAUGCUGCUGGAGGAGAACAUCCUCACUUUUGUGAAGAACGAACUGAAGAAGAUACAGAAGGUUGUGAGUUCAGAUUUCCCAGGGAGUUGGAGGAAAGAUGAAGAGGUGCUGGAUGGCAAGGAUGAAGAGCAGAGGAGGAGCAGAGAGGCAUUUGUGAAGAUCUCAUUGCACUUUCUGAGGAGAAUGAAGCAGGAGGAGCUGGCUGAGCGUCUGCAGAGCAGACUUCUUGCUCCAGUUUGUCAGCGUGAACUCAAAUCCAACCUGAAGAAGAAGUUCCAGUGUGUGUUUGAGAGCAUCGCUAAAGCAGGAAACCCAACCCUUCUGAAUGAGAUCUACACAGAGCUCUACAUCACAGAGGGAAGGACUGCAGAGGUCAAUGAAGAACAUGAGGUCAGACAGAUUGAAACAGCAUCCAGGAACCCAGCCAGACCAGAAACUACCAUCAGACAAGAAGACCUCUUCAAAGCCUCAGCUGGAGGAGAGGAACCAAUCAGAACAGUGAUGACUAAGGGAGUGGCUGGCAUUGGGAAAACAGUCUUAACACAGAAGUUCACUCUGGACUGGGCUGAAGACAAAGACCACCAGGACAUACAGUUCACAUUUCCAUUCACCUUCAGAGAGCUGAAUGUACUAAAGAAGAAGUUCAGCUUGGUGGGACUUGUUCAUCACUUCUUCAGUGAAACCAGAGCAGCAGGAAUCUGCAGGUUUGAAGAGUUCCAGGUUGUGUUCAUCUUUGACGGUCUGGAUGAGUGUCGACUUCCUCUGGACUUCCACAACAAUGAGAUCCUGACUGAUGUCACAGAGUCGGCCUCAGUGGAUGUGCUCCUCACAAACCUCAUCAGGGGGAAGCUGCUUCCCUCUGCUCGCCUCUGGAUAACCACACGACCUGCAGCAGCCAAUCAGAUCCCUCCUGAGUGUGUUGGCAUGGUGACAGAGGUCAGAGGGUUCACUGACCGGCAGAAGGAGGAGUACUUCAGGAAGAGGUUCAGAGAUGAGGAGCAGGCCAGCGGGAUCAUCUCUCACAUCAAGACCUCACGAAGCCUCCACAUCAUGUGCCACAUCCCAGUCUUCUGCUGGAUCACUGGUACAGUUCUGGAGGAGGUGUUGAAGACCAGAGAGGGAGGAGAGCUGCCCAAUACCCUGACUGAGAUGUACAUCCACUUCCUGGUGGUUCAGUCCAAAGUGAAAAAAGUCAAGUACGAUGGAGGAGCUGAGACGGAUCCACACUGGAGUCCAGAGAGCAGGAAGAUGAUCGAGUCUCUGGGAAAACUGGCCUUUGGUCAGCUGCAGAAAGGUCACCUGAUCUUCUAUGAAUCCGACCUGACAGAGUGUGGCAUCGAUAUCAGAGCAGCCUCAGUGUACUCAGGAGUGUUCACUCAGAUCUUUAGAGAGGAGAGCGGACUGUACCAGGACAAGGUGUUCUGCUUCGUCCAUCUGAGUGUUCAGGAGUUUCUGGCUGCUCUUCAUGUCCAUCUGUCGUUCAUCAGCUCUGGUGUCAAUCUGCUGUUAGGGAAAAAAUACCCCUCCUCGUUGGUCUUUAGAGACAAACCCAAACCACAACGUCUCUACCAGAGUGCUGUGGACCAGGCCUUACAGAGUCCUAAUGGACACCUGGACUUGUUCCUCCGCUUCCUCCUGGGUCUUUCCCUGGAGACCAAUCAGACUCUCCUACGAGGUCUGCUGACACAGACAGGAAGUCACUCAAAGACCAAUAAGAGAACAGUGCAGUACAUCAAGGAGAAGAUCAGUGAGAAUGUGUCUCCAAAGAAAAGCAUCAAUCUGUUUCACUGUCUGAAUGAACUGAAUGAUGGUUCUCUAGUGGAGGAGAUCCAACGGUCCCUUCGUUCAGGACGUCUCUCCACAGAUGAACUGUCUCCUGCUCAGUGGUCAGCUCUGGUCUUCAUCUUACUGUCAUCCCAAGAAGAUCUGGAGGUGUUUGACCUGAAGAAAUACUCUGCGUCAGAGGAGGCUCUUCUGAGGCUGCUGCCAGUGGUCAAAGCCUCCAACAAAGCUCUACUGAGUGGUUGUAACCUCUCACAGAGAAGCUGUGAAGCUCUGUCCUCAGUCCUCAGCUCCCAGUCCUCUAGUCUGAGAGAACUGGAUCUGAGUAACAACAACCUGCAGGAUUCAGGAGUGAAGCUGCUGUCUGCUGGACUGAAGAGUCCACACUGUGACCUGGAGACUCUCAGGCUGUCAGGCUGUCUGAUCACAGAGGAAGGCUUUGCUUCUUUGGCCUCAGCUCUGAGCUCCAACCCCUCCCACCUGAGAGAGCUGGACCUGAGCUACAACCAUCCAGGAGACUCAGGAGUGAAGCUGCUUUCUGCUGGACUAGAGGAUCCUCACUGGAGACUGGAGACUCUCAGGGUGGAGCCUGAUGGAGUCCGAUGGUUCAAACCAGCUCUGAUGAAGUAUUCCUGUGAACUCACAAUCGACACAAACACAGUAAACAGAAAACUCAAACUGUCUGACAACAACAGGAAGGUGACACGUGUGGAAGAGGAGGUUCAGUCAUAUCCAGAUCAUCCAGACAGAUUUGACUACUGGCCUCAGCUGCUGUGUAGAACUGGUCUGACUGGUCGCUGUUACUGGGAGGUUGAGUGUAGAGGAGGAGUUUAUUUAUCAGUGAGUUACAGAGGAAUCAGGAGGAAAGGAAACAGUUAUGACUGUUGGUUUGGAGGGAAUCAUCAGUCCUGGUGUCUGAUGUGCUCUGAUAAAGGUUACUAUGUCUGUCACAAUAAUACAGUAACACACAUCCCCUCCUCCUCCUCCUCCUCCUCCUCCUCUGGUAGAGUAGCAGUGUAUGUGGACUGUCCUGCUGGCUCUCUGUCCUUCUACAGAGUCUCCACUGACUCACUGAUCCACCUCCACACCUUCAGCACCACAUUCACUGAACCUCUUUAUCCUGGGUUUUGCUUAUGGUUCUGGCCUGGUUCUGGUUCCUCAGUGUCUCUGUGUUCUCUGCAGGAGGGAGAGUCUCCUCCUGGUGGAGAACCUUCCUCUCUGCUCACCACAUAGUUCAGUCUGUACAGCUGAUGUAGGUUCAUGUGGUUGUAGGUGCAGGUGGAGCAGGUGAGGGGUACCUGAGCUGGUCUGGACUCUGGGGGUCCACAGCUCUCUAGGACUUGUGGUGUUGCAGAUGAACGUCUGAAAGAGCUCAGCGAGGUGUGUUUUAAUGUUGCUGUGCUCGUUGCCUCUGUGGAUGAAUCAAUAGAUCAUCAUUUAGAUAUUGGGUCCUAAUUAGGGUUUAAUAUUAAUCUUUGUAUGUCGCAAUGUUCAAGAAGACAUUUUAUAAAAAGGUCUCAUCUGCCCCCCCAAUAUAAGACAAAUAAAUCUGUACGAUAAAUUGUCCUCAUUACCACUAAUAAUAGAAGAAAGCUGAUUAUUCAAGGAUUGUUUAUGAUAACAAAUACACGUAAAAUAUAAAUCUAUUAUUCUUUUGGAGCAAAUUUUCCAAUCUCUCAAAAUCUGUUCAGUGAAAUAAAAUAUAAUUUCACAUAAUCAGGUUUGUUCUGAACAAUAACUUUUUAAAAGCUUCUCUGAAGAAACUAUUUAAUGACAGAUAUCAGCUACUAUCAGGUUUUUAUUAACUAUAAUAUAAUCAUAAUGUGUUGUAAUGUAAUGUAAACAGGAAUUUGUAUCUUUAUAAUGUUAAUAAAUGACUUUCAUUGGAAACUGUGUCAUUAACGUAUUUAAACACCAAGUAUUUAAUGAGCAGUGUUCUGCUCGUGACCUCGUGUCAUAAACUCUGCUUCAAAGUGAAGCAUUCUGGGAAAGUGAAUGUGUUUCUUCAACAUUAAACAUGUGACGUCAGACUGAUGGAACAAGGCCUCAGUGGGAUUCGAUCCAAUGGAAUCAAAGUGCUUUUUAUUGUCAAGAUCCAAACAAACAUCACAUUCAUACAAAGAAUUUGGGAGCAAAUGUUUAGUUUCCAAAGUGAUGACCUUUAACCUCACAGCAUCUAUUAAAGAAAGUUCUCCCAAGCUUCAAA